AGCAUUCAAUUCAUUGAAAUCGAUUGUCCUUUGCCCCAAAAUUUUGGCCGCUGUGGGAUGCGGUGCGACGCGGCGUUGCUUCCCGAGAGACAUUUGUAGGUGUGGCUCCCUGAUCUUCUCUUGCCGCCGACAUGGAUGAGCUUCCUUUGCACAAGAUUUCAAUCUCAGGCCCAACCUUGGCCUCCAUCAUUCAACGCUUCUCUACCUCCCCCGGCGCCGUCGACGGCCUCCUCUUCGGCCACGUCACCUACGUCACCCCAUCCACACUCUCCGACGACUCCGCCUCCGAAUCCUCCACCCUUGUCGCCACCAUCACCGGUUUCCUCUGCCCCGGCACUAUCAAUAGCUUCUAUGACUCCACUGGUGCCGUCGAACUUCACUCACUUCGCCGCCUUCUCAGUGACCCUGUUCUCAACCACCACCCCUCCCUCAUCGGUUGGUUCUCCGGUCGCCGUAAAACCCACCCCCGGCCAUCAAUGCGAGAAUUCGCUGUCGCUGUUUCUCUUUCCUCCAUGACGCAGCUCGCUUUUCCUGUUAAGAAUGCACCAGGGUCUACCAAUUUUAAUCCUUGUGUGUUUUUACUUUUAGCGUCGCCCUUAUCGGACCAAUCCAUCCAUACUCAUGAGUACCGGGCUUACCAAUUUCGCAGAGGUACCGAGUCUUUCGACCCUAAAUCAAUGGAUAUAGUUAACAUUGGGCCUGCGUUUCGCGGGCAUUAUGGUUCUUUUAGCCCUAUUGCCCCCUUUCCAGCAUUGGCUUGCGAUUUUCGGAACUCGCCAAUGAGCGAGGACCGGGAUGAGAGGAUUUUGAAUCAAAUGAAGAAGUUUUCUAAGGAUCAGAGAGAGCUGGAUAUGGGUGCAGACGGAUUUGACGUUGGGAGCUUGAAUCGAUUGGUGGGGUCAGAAGCAGCGAGUUAUACUUCUGGCUUGGAGGAUUUGUAUGAGAAAAUGCUUGUUAAAAUUGAAAAUUUGGCCAGACAAGUGGAAAGGAGUUCUGCCAGGGUUCUUGAGCAGGAAAACCAUAAUAGGAAGUUGAGAUACAAAAUUCUGAAGUCUGCUGUCCCGGAAUAACUGUCUAUAUCAUUUCUGCCGACCAUUUCUUUUUUGUGUCAGUUCAAAGCAGAGAAGAGAAACGAUAAACAACAUACCUCUUUACUUGACUCGGAUUAUUGACGGUUUCUUCUGGAAUCCUCUAGAAACAUGUGACUGAGUACCCUUUGGUGGAAAUGUGGUAUAUGCGGUUCGGGCAGAUGAUGUUGUAUUUUAAAUCUAGGGUGAUUCCUUAGGCUCAAGCAUGUAAUAGUAAUUGUGCAGGGUAGUCGAAUUCUGUUCAUGUAAUUUGCUGUCAUCUAUAUUUUGUAUUGCCUUGUAUUCCCUGCGCCUUCCUUUUACCGAUGUUAAAUGAAAAUCUUUUCAGCUUUAGUUGAAAUUUGCUGUACUGCCUCCGUAAGGUUGCUUUAUAGGAGAGAAAUGCAAUCAAUGUGCAUGGUAGUAUUUUAAA